CUCUCCUCCCCCCUCUCAGAUCAUCGCUCUGAAGCGCUGACAGAGAGCGGACACUCGCCCACAGAAACCAGCUCUGUAGCAGCCUUUGGCUUAUCUCAUCUCGGAGAGUCGGAUCGCUCCCUCCGGUGCCAGCCCAGUGGCUGCCGACUGUUCAUCCAGUCAUAUAUCGUCCAAAUCUCACUUCCACUCGAGAGACCCAAAGAGAGAUGGAGAAGUGUUUUACUUUCUUCGCUCGCAAGGAUCCGUCUCGAUCACAUCUUGUCCUCCGGAUCUUUGUUUCUGGACGGGAGGCUGCGGCUGCGUAAUGCCUCUCAGCAGCAGAAGAAGAAGCAGCAGAUGUGUUGAGCAGGAUGUUCUCUGUUUGACCACGGCCUGCUGCUGAAAGCCCUACAUUCAUAAGAAGGAAACAGAAAGAAGAUUACUGAGGGAUUAAAUGCAUGCACACGUGUGCACAUGCAAACGCAGGGGGUUACUACAGUUCCGGGAUUUAACUUCCAUCCAACUGCGGGCACUGAUCUGAAUGAACUUGCCUGACUGACUGACUGAAAGAGUCUACGGUGUCAUGGAAGAAGACGAGGAUCCAACAGAAGCUCGCUGAAUGUACUCCCAAUGACCCCACCUUUUUCCACCUGCCUCACCAUGAAAGCUUAACAUUGCAAAGCUGACUGUCUCACAAUGCGUUGAUGCUUGUAGGAGCAUAAGGCAAGACUUAAUGACAUUCGAAUCUGGGAGAAACAGAGAAACCUUCAAUUUUUUUCAUCCUGCAGCCUACAGCAGAAAAAAAGAUCAAGUGUCAAGAGGAAGAUGCUGAAGAGAAAGUGAUAUUUUUAAACCUUCUCUGUGGAUGCCUUACCACCACAUGCAUAAACACGAGGCUAAAGGAUGACUGAAAAAAGACACACUUCUGAUUUCUUUGAGUUCAGAAGUUCCAUUUUUAGCUCACACUCUUGUUUUAGGCUCACAUAUCAACAUAAAAAAAUGUUACACCUACUGCUUCCUUGUUUAUGCUAAAAUGAUUAAUAGAUAUGAUGUGAGAAUUGCUCCAAGGAGAUCAAGAAAUUCUUUAUUUUUGCUGCAGCGCAUCCUUCUUCAUGAUGAUGUAAACCAGAUUUGACCUUUGCAGGAAAUUGCUUUUUUUCCACCACUUUUAGUAAGUCUUGGAGUAUUUGGAUCCCAACAACAAGAGAAAAGACAUUUGAAUGCCCCAUUUCCCAAAAGAAACUUAAUUUGAAAAUUAACCAGAAAAAUGUAACACUGCAUAAAACAGCAUAUUAAAAAAAGAAUAAAUCAUCCCCUCAAACUGAGCUGCAAUGGCCAGCCAGUCCACCCCUUUGUUUCUUCAUGGCUUCGAACUCAGCGGUCACUUUGUUGAUCCCCAACCUCUUGGCACUGGUGUCACCGGCCUGGUCCUGUCUGCUGUCGACCAGCGCACUGGGCAGCGAGUAGCUAUUAAAAAGCUGGCAAUGCGAGAUGCAAUCACGGUGAAGCAUGCCCUGCGGGAGGUGAAAAUUACUCAACGUCUUCACCAUGAGAACGUAGUGCGGGUCCACGAGGUUUUAGCACCAUAUGGAUGGCCGCUGCCCUGUGACCCAUCCCACCUCAGUGCUCUGUACAUAAUCCAGGAGUGCAUGGAGACAGAUCUGGCCCGGUUACUGGACCAGGGACCACUACCUACAAGUCAUGCCACUCUGCUGUUUUAUCAGCUGCUAAGGGGCCUAAAGUUCAUCCACUCAGCUAACGUUCUACACCGAGACCUGAAACCUGCCAACAUCUUCAUCAACACAGACCAAAUGCUGCUCAAGAUCGGUGACUUUGGACUUGCCAGAAUAGUCGACCCCCAUUAUUCUCAUAAGGGCUAUCUGUCUGAGGGUUUGGUAACUAAGUGGUAUCGUUCCCCUCGUCUGCUCCUAUCCCCCAACAAUUACACCAAGGCCAUUGACAUGUGGGCCGCUGGCUGCAUACUGGCCGAGAUGCUCACUGGACGCAUGCUGUUUGCAGGAGCUCAUGAGCUGGAACAGAUGCAGUUGAUUCUCGACACAGUGCCCGUACUGAGAGAGGAGGAUAGGCAGGAUCUUCUACAGGUGAUGCCUUCAUAUGUCAGUCAUGGAUGGGGAGUCAAGAAACCCUUCUCUGAGUUGCUGCCGGAAAUGGAUCCAUGGGGGGUGGAUUUUCUCGAGCGCAUCUUAACUUUUAACCCCAGUGACCGUUUAACAGCUGAAGAAGGUCUGUCCCACCCAUUUCUUCAGCAGUACUCCUGUCCUGAGGAUGAGCCCGUCUCAUCACACCCUUUCCACAUCGAGGAUGAGCUGGACAGCCUCAUCACAGAGCAGAGCCUGAGCAGCAGCGACAGUCAGGCCUCCAGCUUUCACUGGGAAAGGUACGAUAACAGUUUAUCAACCAAUGUAGGGGCACCAUACUCAGACGAGAGGUGUCGGUGCAUGCCCUCUAGUCCUAUUGCAUCUAACCUAGAAGACACCACAGAUAAUGAAGAGGUGCAGAGGGACCCCAGGGCCAGUUCCAGCUCCCUGACAGAAGAAGCUCAGGUUGACCCCCGCAAAUAUUCCCAUAGCACUUCAGCUGAGCGCUUCCUGGAGAGCUCUCAUUCCUCUCUGGAACGGGUCUGUGCUUUAGGUUAUGGGGAGCUUGACUGUGGCCGCUCCUGCGAUUACAAAGUGGGCUCUCCUUCAUACCUGGAUAAAAUUGCUUGGCGGGAGGGAAAGCCUCAGCACUACUCGGAGCCUAAGCUGAUUCUGGAUCUGUCUCACUGGAAGCAUAACACCGGCAGACUCCCUCCGCAUGCCGAGCCCAUUGGUGGCAGCAUAGAGGACCUCGGAGAGGUGAAAGUCGAAGAAGCAGAGGAAGAAGAGGAGGAAACUGGGGAUUUGUUCCAGGAAAUCACUCGCUGGGUGGAGAGUGCUCAUUCUCGUCUGCACUCGCCCAGUACCAGUCCAUCAAUGGGACACUGCUCGCCCUCCUGCUACACCUCCUCUCCCCCUCUUCCGCUGUCUCCUUCUGACCUCCCAACUCCUGUCUUUCACUACAACAAACACAUCCAACACCCAAUAGCUGAAUAUGAUGAAGACAGACUGAGCCCCCUUCCCUCCAUCACAUCCUCCUCUAAUACCCUUCCCUUUCUCUUCCCAUCAUCUCCCACAGCUAUAUUUUCACCUCAAACAGUAUCACCACCACCAACGCCAGUUGUUCAGCUCACAGAAUCUCAACCACUGACAUCUACCUCCUCAUUAUCUCAGUCCCCUAAUGCUGACUCCACAGAAUCUCUGCCGGUCAAGCAAAAAGAGCAUUUGUUUGACCUGGAUGUGUUCAUUUCCAGAGCUCUGAAGCUGGUCCGGCAGAAUAAAGAGAAAGUCCAUGUUAAGAAAGGAAAAGAUGAAAGUUGGAUGGCGGAGAGCAAAACGCCAAACAUUAAAGGGAAGGUGCCUCGGCUUUCAGAGCAAAGGACGUCCCCAUCUCAGACUCCAAACUCCUAAUGUUACAUUUCAGUACCAGGUUCAGCACGGUAGCUAUAAAACUAGUCACACUACAAAAUAUACCAUAAAUGAAGGAUGUUCUGCAUUCUACUGUAGCAGCUUGCAUUUUUAGCCCUUAAAUGGCUUUAUGUGACAAACCUCUGGUAAAAAAAGCAAUCGUGCAACUUUAUUUAAAAGAGUUCUCAGGCGAUAAAAGCUCAAAAAGGACUUGAGUAAAAUAUAAAUCAUCACACUUAGCACUGAAAAUACAAAACAUUUGCUCAAUGUGAGCAUAUAAGUUUAAGCUUUAUGCCUGUUUCUGUAGGUUGUCAAGUUAGACUUGAUGUUGACUAAUGGUGCAUCCUCUUUGUGUCCAAACUAGAAUAUCCUAAGUUCCCAGUUGGAAAUGCAGCAAGAGCGCCCCCUGUAGUCAUAAUUCCAAACAGAAAAGUUAAGGGUGUCCUAGUGUAUUUAAUUUGUUUUAGAGGUCAAAUCUCAGAUCUGAGAAUGACAUUGCGCAUAGGUCGGAUAAAGAAGAAUUUCCCCUAAAGUUAGAAAUGACCAAGAAGAGGUCUUCAGUCAGUUUUUCUCACAAGUUGAAGCUCAGAUCAGAGAAUGACACCACACCUGAGUUUAGUGCAUCCCAGGGGCAUGUGCUCUUUUUGGUAGGAAGUUGGAUUUUCUGAAUUCCUAGUCAGAUAAUGUCAAAAACGCCAAAAUGCUGACAGGGAGGCUAUUGAACAAUAUGAGAACAUAGCAUUUUAAUGCAAAACAUGGAAACAAAAGCAUUAAUAGUUAGUCCAAAAACAAAUAGCAAGUCCCACUGGUUUUCUGAAUUGCAGCGAGAACACUUUCAACUUUAGUGUGCUGUAAUUUCUAGAUCCGAGCUCGGACUUCCGAGACAAACUGGCCAGUUGAAAACUCAGUAAGAUUUGCUAACUGUUUUAGUGCUAACUGCUAUCAGCAAUUAAAGCCGAUAAAAAUGUAUGCCUCUUUGUUUUAUGCUGUCAAAUACUAAAGGAAAUAGAGGUUGUACAACAUGAUGUUGUACAACCUCUGUUUGUGAACAUGUUCCAAACAUUUACUAUUUACAUGCAUUUAAUAAAGAUAAAUACAUUGUUAUCAACUUGAAGGGAUGUGAUGUAAUGCCAGGAUUCAAGGUCCAACCUCUGAGGAAUAUUUUUAUGCACCAUUUAAGCUGUCACACAGAAUUACAUUCAUUGAUAACUGAACUUUUAAGCAGACUCCCAUUAUUCGCUUGAAACUUGCUUUAAAUGUUUUUCUAAACUCCAUCCUGUUACCUUUUGAAAGGAUCUGACAGUCUUCCAAUAUCAUGUAUCAAAUGAUGACAGUAAAACAGAAAAAAAAAAGCUUUUUCUAAGCAUCUGAAUGUAUUAACAAAGAAGUAAUCAGUGGGAGGGUGAUAUUAUAAACUCUCGCAGCGACUUACUAAAUUUUAACUAUAGAAAUUUGUAUAAAGUUCUGUUUGUAUUUGAUUUUCAAGUACAUGUAAUAUAUCACUAGACAUUGUUUUGGCUAAAAUAGUUCUGUAAUAUUUUCUAAAUAGAACACAUGUUCUUGUUAAUGAAUUUUGGGUUAGUUGGGAUUUUGUUUGAAUAUGGAAUGCGCUGUGGUAGUACUUUAUGAUUCUUCCUCCAGCUGGACUCAUUUUUGAUCACAUGUGGUUUGUUUUCUGCUCGAUCCACCAAAUCUGUUCCACACUGAAAGCACACUAUUCUUCCACAGCCUCGAGCCUAAACGCCUUUCUGCUCACUUUAAUGUUAACAAUGGAAAGCUUUAACACAAAUAACACUUCCCUCUAUUUUGGAAAAUGUAGAGUCUGCUAAGUAGUCCUAUUUAUUAUGUGGAAUGGUAUUUCAAUGUUGUUUUUAUAUUUAGCUGUUACUAGAUGCAUCUGUAUGUUUCUUUUAUAUAUAUAUAUAUAUAUAUAUAUAUAUAUAAUAGUUUGGCAGUUAAUUUUUCUUAGCCAAGUCAACCACACUGGAGGACAUAUAGCAUCUGCACCGUUACUAGCAACUACCCUAUAAUAAAAUCUUUUUUUCUUUUUUUAUUUAUAAGUAAAUAUUCAUUUUUAUUUAAGGAUUAAUCAUACAUUAAGAAAUGUAGAAAUAUCCAGCCUUUAAUUUAAGUAAAUUUAUAUUUAUUGGAGAAAAAAAACACAUUUACAGAAAUAAUUGUCUUUCAUUCCCAACUUUCACAAUUUGAAAACAUAUAUGUUUAUUUGUUCUUUUCUUCUUUAAAUUCACCAGUGUCUGGAAACUUACCAAUAAUCCAUGACUUCCUGUUUUUCUGUGGUAUACUGUAAAUAGCCACUCUUUAGCUACUCUUAAGAAUGUGAGAGACAACAGUGCAUGUCAUGCAAGUGAUACAAAUGUGUAUUGACCUUCAUAAAUUAGUAAAUGGCUUCAAGAAAACAACUAUAUAAAAAUGUACUUUAAGAGCAAUGAUUGGAUGGGCAAGGAGCCAAGCAUGUCUUUAAUCUGCAACAGCAAACAGCGUGGUAAGGCAGGUAAAAGAAAAUCGACAAAGCUCACUGUUGGACUUGGUGCCAAUUAUUAUGGAGGGUGGUGUGGCAUAGAUGUGCUGAAUGGCAACAUACAGUUGCCAUACAGCACAGUUCAGUUAAUUUUUCAUACAUACGCAUGUAACAAACUGAAAUGCAAUGUCCUGCUGUGAAAUUAUCAUCAACUGUAUGGAGAGUCCAUAUGCACCUGUAUAGCAGUACAGCUGGAGGGAUGUCCAGAGGUAAAACUCUGAGAUCAAAAUACACUGCCAACAAUAUUGCAAAACAAGCAUGUCUUAUUAUCUUUUAGUCAUUCUCUGAAUAGCCGCUUCAUUUAAAACAAUGACAGUAGUUUAACAUUAAAAUGGUUUUACUGUGCAACAUUGACAUUUAUAUCAAUCUGCUCCUUUAUGCAUGAUGUAACCUCCAGGAAGUCAAAUAUUUCAAAAGAAUACUAACAUGAGGGUUUCUAGUAGUAGAACCCCAUGAAACAGCAGUCAGACCAGAUAUUUGUGUUUAAAUUCACAAUGAAGCACAUGUAGAAUAUGAAGCACAUUUACAGAGGCAGCAUUUGGUCACAAUCAGCCUUUUGUCAGGAAUGUACCGCCCUUAACAAGAAUAGUAGCCUACCUGGACUUAUUUAGAGCACUCAAAGAGAAUACAAGCUGUAACUUUCUGAUCCAGUAUUACAUCAAUUAGACUGCAGUCUAACCUUUACCAUGUCUGAUAAUCUACAUUUGCAGCACAGUUCAUUCUGGAGGCAUCCUAAUAGAGCAAUAAUGCCAUUAUCAAGAGAUACAAACACACUGUAACAUGUGGUUACUGAGCCAAAAGUAGAAAUCCUUAUUCCAUAAAGCAAUGUUGAAAAUAUGCCUCAGUACACCUCAAUGCUUCCAGCUUGCUGAAUGUAACACAUGCCCUCGUCUCUGUAUGGCUAUGCAGGUAACGUAUGGUCUUUAUGGUGUCUCUGUGAAACACUAAUAUUUAUCUGGUUUCUUAUUUUAUAUUUAGCCUAGUCAUGCUUCAAGGAGGUGAACAUUUGUGGGACUUUAAUUUAAUGAUAGCAUCUCUUUUUUUGAGUGUCUGCUUUGGUUGAAAACAAUAAUAAAAAAAAUGUUUUAGAAAGUUG